AUGGGUACAUUUUACCAUAAACCAGCGAAACAAGGCGAUUCUCCUUAUACUCGAACAGGUCUUCCACCGCCAAAGCUUAAAACGAAGAUCGAUGAACCAUUGCAUCGAGUAAAUGAACCAAUGAGCCUGGAAUUAUAUAUGGCUGAUGAAGCAUAUCGAAUGGCCGGCCUUACACCAGCUGAACGAGAAUGGAGAGGAAAAUGGUUGAAGGAUCAACAGUUGCAUCCGGAUGAACCCAUACAAGUCGAUGCAGUUUAUAGGCAAUUAAAUCCUUUGCGAGGAGCUUAUCGUGGCACAUUGAUUCGAGUGAUCACUCCAAAAUUGCUAAUGGGUUUUUUAUUUGUUGAAUAUAUCUAUUAUGUCUGGAAAUAUGAGCAAAAGGAUUGGCAGCGCGACACUGGUUUAGGACAUGCUUAUACUAUUCGAACCGGAAUUGAUAGAAAACAGGAAAUUGAGAGGGAUAACCCGGGAUUAAUCGAUCGAGCAUUCCCAGAUCCCUCAAAAUAUCGAUAUUUCGACCCAAAGUUUAUGAAACACGUUGUACACAUUGAUAUCGGCGAGACAAAUAGGCCUUGGUGA